AACAAGAAUCUUUUAAAGCAAGAAAACAUACAGUCAUGGUGAGAGUAGGGUUUACAAGAAGCUUUGUACUGCUAGGGUUUCUAUUCGUGGUCAUGCAUGGCACGAAAAGCUCCUUAGCACAAGCUCGUCAAGGGUUUCAGUCAGACAAAAAUGAUCUUGUUUUGCCCGUGCACAAGGAGCUUCUUGGGAGUGAUCUUCCAGCUUCCAGCGAGGGCAAACCGGGGAUAGAUGGAAGGAAAAUGAUGAUGCAUUAUGAAGCCCCAAGGAGCGCUGGUGGUGAGAAGAAACAAGUGCAAAAUGGAGGGACUUAUUCAGGGAUUUCAUCAGGAAAAAAUGAGCAUCCGUCCAAGAGGUCUCUCACAAGAGGAGCAGUCCCAUGUACUAAUCAGAAGAGUGGCGGGGGAAUCUCUAGGAGUGAGGGAGCAUUCCAUCCUCCAACGAGCGACACUUCUGAUGAGGCCAGCUCGGAUUGUCGUUCCCCAAUGUCUGACCAGCGCUUCUCUCGAGGAUCUUCUCCGACACUCGAUCCUCGUCAUCGUCAAGCGAAUCCGAUGGAAGCCGAAGCGAGGAGGCUUGUCGAAGUGACGGAGGACGAGAUCGCAAACCUCAUGCGCAAGGACUACAGAGGCCCUCCCAAGGCCAAGCGCAAGCCCCCCAUCAACAAUCGCCAGCCAUCAAAUUGAUCCAAUCGAAGCAUGAUCUUACGUUUUAUACUUAUAUCGGUCCUUAGGCCAUGACCCUCUAGAUUUAGGUACAUAUAAAUAUAGGUUUAGGCUCUCACAAUUUUGC